CAGAAUGGCGUCAGUUGGAGAGCCGACACAUUCCAAGCGCCCCCAUGUUGCCACGGAGAGGCUAAAGGAGUUCCUGAACGCCCCCUCCCCCACCAAACAGAAGUAUUGCCCGGUCCAGGGGUGCUCCAAGGUCCUGAGUAGUGACCCGGGUCUGCGGUACCAUAUCCAGGCCCACCACAGCCACCACCAGGAGUAUGUGUGUAGCAAGUGUAAUAGGAGCUUCAAAAGUUCCAAUGGUUUGAAGUAUCAUCUGAAGAAACGGGCGGGGCAUUGUCAGGAGACAGAGGCUGAAGCAGGGGGGAAACUGUCACCCACAGAAGAAGAGGGACCCACAUCACAGAACCAGGUGGAAACAGCACCAACAAUCCGGAGACAGUCAUCAACCAUCCCUAAACCUCUCAACCUGAUUGGUCAACCCUCCUUGUCCACUCCUGUAACCAAUGACAACGUUAAUCAGAACGAGGCUGAGAGUCGACUCAUCGAGUUCGCCAAUAUUGCCACUAGUCCCCAGAGUCCCCUGAUGCAGUCCGCUCCCCCUAAGAUCUGGGAUAAAAGCCCUGCUAUGAGACAUAUCAAGUUUCCUGACUCCAACAUUCCUACUGCUUCAACAGUGUCCAGUCAAACACCCAGAGAUGAUAAUGGAAACUACUUUGAUGACGGCAGUGAUCCGAGUGUCACAUCUACUUCACCAUUUCCUGGUUGUACCAGUGCUCAAUCAAACGCAGAGGAGACCUGGUCUCAUAGCUGGCCAAAAGCAGUGUGGCGUUGUUUUAUCAAAGACACCAGAGUUCAUUUUGUGGGAGGAAGUGCCAGACAGACAAGGGAAUUGUGGGAUUGGCAGUCUGUGGAGCAGCUGGCUCUACAGGAGAGGAUCGCAUCACAGGCGGCGGGGGCGGACAGCAAGCCAGGUCAAAGUUUUGGUGGUAGUGGUUUACGCCUGUGCUCUAUCAACAAGAGGGCGGACACCAUAGACAAUAAGGGACUUCGCCUGUCUUUCUCCACCGGCGUCACUGACCAGCCCUCUCUUCAGGUGGAAUGUGAGGAGGCUCACCCAUUCUUUGUCAAAGAUAAAGGUUGGUCGUCCAUUAACCCAACCUUGACCUACGAUAGAUACGGCAUUCCCUGUAACGUCCUCAGUGAGCUGGACCUGUGUCUCCCUCCGGAUCAUCCAGAUGCCAAUCCGACUGACGAUGUGUUCCACACCAUUCAAGGAUUUGAACUGACCCCACAAGAUCAUUCCGCCGUGUUUGCUUUAAGCAGUAUGGCAAAGCAAAAACGUGAUUCUGACUCCACCUCUAGCCCCCAGUCUGGAUCUGGGUCACCGACCAAAAAGAGGCAGCUCAAAGAAGAGGAGGGGAAGAAGCCCAAACGACCAAUGAAUGCAUUCCUUCUGUUUGCCCAACGGCACCGAGUCACUCUAACUCAGGAUCACCCGGGAAAAGAUAACCGGGCCAUCAGUGUCAUCCUAGGAGAAAUGUGGAAAAACAUGAAGGAGGAAGAGAAGUUAAAGUAUGAGGAAGAAGCUCGAGUUCUGGCCGAGAAGCAGAAACAAAAGCACCCCAACUGCUGGAAGAGGAAGAAGUAGUCACCGCCAUCUUUUUUAUAUGGCUCUCUCUGAUCUCAAUGACAUCCGUGACACACUGCCAAAUCACUGUGCUCUACCGUUUAUUUAUUCCAUUUUGUACCUGUUAUACAUGUAACCUUUAUUAUUUUUUUUAUUUUUUUCAAUGU